AUGCCAAAUACAGUGGAAGUCAUAUAUAUGAUCCUGAUUGCUGGUGAAUUGGCUAUAGGGAUUUGGGGAAAUGGAUUUAUUGUAAUGGUUAACUGCAUUGGCUACCUCAAAAGAAGAGAUAUCGCCUUGGUAGACAUCAUCCUGAUCGGCUUGGCCAGCUCCAGAAUUUUUUUGUUGUGUGUCAUAUCUUUAGAUGGCUUUGUUAUGGUACUCUUUCCAGAUACAUAUACUGAUGGUGAACUAAUGAGCAUUUUGGAUGUUUUAUGGACAUUUAGCAAUUAUUCAAGCAUCUGGCUUACUUCUUGCCUCAGCAUCUUCUAUUUACUCAGGAUAGCUAAUAUAUCCCACCCAAUUUUCCUCUGGCUGAAGCAAAAUGUUAACAGGGUCAUCCUUGGGAUUCUUCUGGGGUCCUUGGUCCUCUCCUUACUUAUUAGUGUUUCAAUCAGUUUCCAUUUGCAUGAUGAUUUCCGGUAUCUCUUCAAGGACAAUAACGAAGAAAAUAUAACUUUGGAAUUUGAAGUGAGUAAAACCCAAAAUGCUUUGCAACAGGUUUUCCUGAACUUGGGAGCUGUAGUCCCCUUUAUCCUAUCCCUGAUCUCAUUUCUCUUGUUACUUUUCUCCCUAUUUAGACACACCAAGCAGAUGAAACUUCAUGCUACAGGGUCCAGAGACCCCAGCACAGAGGCCCACAUGAGGGCCAUAAAGGCAGUGCUCAUCUUUCUGCUCCUCCUUGUCAUGUACUAUAUAGCCUUUCUUGUAGUCACCUCUAGCUUUCUGAUUCCUCAGAGAAAAUUAGUGGUGAUGUUUGGUGGCAUAAUAACUAUCAUUUUCCCAUCAAGCCAUUCGUUCAUCCUGAUAAUGGGGAACAGCAAGCUGAGGAAGGCUUUUCUGAAGGUGCUAAGGCUUGUGAAGGGUUUCACAACCCUUUGUUCAUAG